CAGAACGUCUAUCUCCUAGUGAAAUGCUGCUUCUGCCACUUCUGUUGUCAGCAGUUCUCUUUCCAGGUGGUGACAAUGAGCAUGCCUUCCAGGGGCCAGCUUCUUUCCGUGUCAUCCAGAUCUCAUCCUUCGCCAACAGCACCUGGGCACAAAUUCGAGGCUCAGGCUGGUUGGAUGAUUUGCAGAUCCAUGGCUGGGACAGUGACUCGGGCACUGCCAUCUUCCUGAAGCCCUGGUCCAAGGGAAAUUUCAGUGAUGAGGAGGUGACUGAGCUGGAGGAGCUAUUUCGAGUCUAUCUCAUUGGAUUUGUUCGGGAAGUGCAGGACCGUGCCAGUGAAUUCCAGAUGGAAUACCCCUUUGAAUUCCAGGGCAUGGCAGGCUGUGAGCUGAAUUCUGGGGAGGCCAUAGUAAGCUUCUUGAAGACAGCUUUAGGAGGAUUGGAUUUCCUGAGCAUCAAGAAUGACACAUGUGUGCCUGCCUCAGAGGGAGGCAGUAGGGCGCAGAGGUUCUGCGCACUCAUCUCUCAGUACCAAGGGAUCCUUGAUAUCAUAAAGAAGCUCCUUUUAGAAACCUGCCCUCGAUAUCUCUUGGGUGUCCUCGAUGCAGGGAAAGCAGAACUGAAGAGGCAUGUGAAGCCUGAGGCCUGGCUGUCUAGUGGCCCUGCUCCUGGGCCUGGCCGUCUGCUGCUGGUGUGCCACGUCUCAGGAUUCUACCCAAAGCCUGUGUGGGUGAUGUGGAUGCGAGGUGAGAAGGAACAGCCAGACACUCAGCAAGGUGACAUCCAGCCCAAUGAUGAUGGGACAUGGUAUCUCAGAGUAACCCUGGAUGUGGCAACAGAGGAGGCUGCUGGCCUGACCUGCAGAGUGAGGCACAGCAGUCUGGGAGGCCAAGACAUCAUCCUCUACUGGGGACUUUCCAUCUCUAUUGGCUUGAUAGUUUUGGCAAUAAUAGUGCCCUCCUCGAUCCUUUUGAUAUGUCUUGCAUUAUGGUUUUGGAGGCGCCGGUCAUAUCAGAAUAUCUCAUGAUCUCUCAUGAUGUCUCCUUUUCCAUUUGGAAUAAGGACCCAGAAGCCCAGAAGUUCAAGUUGUCAGGCUGGGAAUCAAUCUCAUCAUAUUUCAUAAAAUAAUCAUCAUAUUUGAUCGAAUCAGAGUUACCAUAGGUUGUACGAUGUUAUAAUUUAUAUACUAGCAGAAAAAUAAUUAAAAACUCCAAAUUUAUUAUUAGACAGUAUCAAUAGUAGGAUCUGCCUAGAUUAUAUACAUGUGAGAUGUGAGAAAGAAUGUGUCUGGGAAUAAAUUAAAUAUGGUAUACAACUUAA